GCUGCUUCUGCGGCUGCUGCGUGGCUGUUUCUUUACACUCACUGGCAGACUCGGGCCGGCUCCCUCCCGCCUGGGAAAGUGGGUUACCGAGAGAAGGCGCUCAGCUCCGCGCUGGCGGAGAAGCAUCCAGCCACAGAGAGACUAGGGAAGCACCGCUGCAUUUGGCAGUCUCCUCUGCAUCUUUUAAAGAGGGUUUUUGUUUUUGUUUUUAAUCUGUGCAGUCCUUUUACAGAUUUUGCUCCAUCGACUUUCUCCCUCACCCCGUUUUGGGUUUUUAGGGGGGUUUUCUUAAGUCUUAGAGGGAGUAGAGACUGAGCGAGGGAAAGAGAGAGGCAAAGUGGGCAGGAGCACAAACUGCCACGCUGAGCGCCCCGUCCGUGGAGCCCUCUCCGCGGAGCAGCGCGCCCUCCGGAGCCCAGCGCGGACCGACCUCGGCGUGGCCACCAUGGUCGGGCGAGUGCAGCCGGAUCGGAAACAGUUGCCGCUGGUCCUACUGAGAUUGCUUUGCCUUCUCCCCACAGGACUGCCUGUUCGCAGCGUGGAUUUUAACCGAGGCACGGACAACAUCACCGUGAGGCAGGGGGACACGGCCAUCCUCAGAUGUGUUGUAGAAGACAAGAACUCGAAGGUGGCCUGGUUGAACCGUUCUGGCAUCAUUUUCGCUGGACAUGACAAGUGGUCUCUGGAUCCCCGGGUUGAGCUGGAGAAACGUCACUCUCUGGAAUACAGCCUCCGAAUCCAGAAGGUUGAUGUCUAUGAUGAGGGUUCCUACACAUGCUCCGUUCAGACACAGCAUGAGCCCAAGACCUCUCAAGUUUACUUGAUUGUGCAAGUUCCACCAAAGAUCUCCAACAUCUCCUCGGAUGUCACUGUGAAUGAGGGCAGCAAUGUGACCCUGGUCUGCAUGGCCAAUGGCCGCCCUGAACCUGUUAUUACCUGGAGACACCUUACACCAACUGGAAGAGAAGUUGAAGGAGAAGAAGAAUAUCUGGAGAUCCUGGGCAUCACCAGGGAGCAGUCGGGAAAAUAUGAGUGCAAGGCAGCCAACGAGGUCUCCUCGGCAGACGUUAAGCAGGUCAAGGUCACUGUGAACUAUCCUCCCACCAUCACGGAGUCGAAGAGCAACGAAGCCACCACGGGUCGGCAAGCUUCGCUCAAAUGUGAGGCCUCAGCAGUGCCUGCUCCUGACUUUGAGUGGUACCGGGAUGACACCAGGAUAAACAAUGCUAAUGGCCUUGAGAUUAAGAGCACGGAGGGACAGUCCUCCCUGACGGUGACCAACGUCACUGAGGAGCAUUAUGGCAACUAUACCUGUGUGGCUGCCAACAAGCUGGGGGUCACCAAUGCCAGUCUAGUCCUUUUCAAGCGUGUUUUACCCACAAUCCCCCACCCUAUUCAAGAAAUCGGUACCACCGUGCACUUCAAGCAAAAAGGACCUGGGUCGGUGAGAGGAAUAAAUGGAUCCAUCAGUCUGGCCGUACCACUGUGGCUGCUGGCAGCAUCUCUGCUCUGCCUUCUCAGCAAAUGUUAAUAGAAUAAAAAUUUAAAAGUAAUUUAAAAAACACACAACAAUGUGUCACACCGGAUACAGAGAGAAAGAGAGAGAGAGAGAGAGAGAGCACGUGUGCAAGAUGGGGGGAGACUGUUUAUUUCACAACAUUGUGUGUUUAUAAAUGAAGGGGAAAAUAUGAAAAUGAAGAAAAUCCAACAUUUAAAACAAAUUUAAAGUCAAUCAAUAAAAAAUUGAGCAUAAUUCAGGGUGGGAAAUGAAAUGUUCUACCAUGCUAUGUCUAUAUAUAUCUCUACUAAGCGAACGAAUGCUGUGUAAAGACCGCACCAUGUAGGGACAUCUGGACAUUGUAAAAAUAAGACCAAGAAAAAAAACGUGAAUAUUAACCCCCCCACACACACAAUUUAUCCUUCCUCCUUCAUCUGUUUUCAUCUGUGGGGAAAAAUAUAAGGUCUUGCCUUUGGUGUUUAUAUUUCCAUAAUGUCUUUAUUCUGUUCUCAUUUGCGCUGACUUGUAGCCAUUUCAGAUGAUCAAUGGAAUCUUGGUUGAGCCUUUAUCAGAGCCCUCUGCCUCCAUUCUUUCUCCAACCUUUGCGAUCACCCUGUAUUUCCAGUGUGUUCUAUCGUCCCACACUCACACUACAGAGUUCCUUUUAGCCCACCCGCCAACCUCUCUUCGCCCCACCGCCCUCCAGGGCACUUGUCACGCCGCAUAUGCUAGGAAGUGCCAUUUUAAGUUUUUCCACUGUGCGUGUGUGCUCAAGUCUCUCGCUCUCAUGUGAGUGUACGUGUGUGAGAGUGUGUGUGUCUCUCUCUAAAGCAUGCCAAGGGAAUGGUCCAUGUGUACAUAGACUCACUGUGCUGUAGAUACUGUCCUGCAUUGUAAUUGUGAGAUGCGGCUGUAACGAGUUGCUGGGAGAGAUGGCGGGGAGGGAGGUAAGGAGCAGACUCCCUCCUCCACUCAUGGCUGUCACAUGACAUCAGCGUGUAUUCCAACCAGGCUGUGCCCCCUUCCAAGGGCAGGACCCCAUAUUCCUCCUAGUCCCAUCUUCAGAACCCAGUCAGGAGUCACUCAGAAUAUCACUGUCAAUGAAAGUGCCUACUACUGAUGGGGUGAGUGAACAGUGGAACAGAGUAGUCAGUGGAUGAAAUUACCUGGGAGAGUUUUAGAUUUCACUCUUAUUUCGUGAGCCUGUGGGAUUCAUACAUUUCCUGGCUUUUAACAGGCUUGGGCUUUGCUUCACUGCAGAAAUGAACAGCAUCUGCUGAGCAAUUCCCCAGAAAUGGGAAUGUUUAAGCACUAACUCCAUGAGAAUGAUGAGCCACAUGGAGAUGCUAAAGCCCUGUUUUGUCUUCUCCUUAAUCUUCAAAUAACACUACACUUGCCCUGUAGAUUUCCAUGAGCAGAGACUGUUUCCUCUUUCAGAGAAAAUACAGUGUGAGCAAGACCAGAGAGAUAGACAGUUGCCCAAGGUCCUUCCCCACAUUCUGUAGAUACUGCUAGAGCACUAAUCUGAAGAAAGAAAAAAGAACUCACUUCUUGUGCCCCUUUGCAGUGGCGUCUAGCUAACACCAUGCUGGGAUGCAUACAUCACCCCUUCUGUUCCACUGAUGAUGUCUGUACUACCAUUGUUCAUGAGGUACUAGGCCAGGCCACUAAGAAAUACAAUACAGUCACGUCCCUUACUCUAUUCAAAUUUGCGUCUAUACUUGUCAUCAUGAUAUUAACACAGACAUGAGCUAACUCCUUAACCAAGAGAUCUGGGGAAGUUGUAAUUAAUCUAGAUAGAAGUUAUAUGAGAACCAUAAAAGUUAGUAUCACCACGUAACCUGAAAGAUUUUCUUAGGUCUUUCAGAGAUCUGGCUCUGCAUGUAGAUAUCUCUGACCACUGCUUACCAUUAGACUAUAGGAAGCUUUGGAAGUGAUUUGAUUAUGAAAGGACAAAGGAGUAUAGCUGAGGUCAUAACCGAAUACACUCCCACAGAGCCGAAUAUGGUGGCUCACCAAGUCUUUGAGCCUUAGAAAUAGCUACCACAUGAUGUGAAAUGAGAAACUUCAUAACUGGAAAGAGAGAAAAUAGAAAAAAAAGAAGGAAGGAAGGAAUAAAAUAAGGAAGGAAAGAAGGCAGGAAGAGAAAAAAAGAAGAAAGGAAGGGAAGAAGGAAGAAAGAAUGAGAGGAAAUGAAGGAGGAAUACAAAAGAUACAAGCUUCAUUUUAAGUCUCUUCUAGGGGAUUCUAUUACUUGUUUUAUAAAUUUAUCACAUUUCUCUUUUAAUUUUGCAGUUUAGAUAUGAAAUAAAGGAAAAGUUGAGCUUUGGGACACAUAAGAGCAUUUAUGGCAGGUUUCUGAGACAGGACAGAAAUUUUUACCCAAGAAGGUAGCUAGGAAGAUAGAGAGCAGGCGUGCCACAGUCCCAUGCACCAUAACUUAUUCAUAAUCAGGGAUUUCUCUAACAGUUCAGUCUUCUUAGUAUAAAAAAGUGGUUAUUACUUUUAAUGACAUACAUUCCCCAUAUACUGAAGAGUCAUCUACGAACUUUAAAUGGAAACUUUUAGAGUUUUCUUAAUCAUUUAAAGAUUUAGGAAGGGAAAAGGAGCAGGAGUUAAUUCUGAUACCAUUUAGUGUCACUUCCAGGCACAGGUUCCCCGGGGCACACCACAGGCUUUGUUCAUCUACCUGGCCUUCUCAUCAUCUCCACUGUAUCAUAAAGAAAAGGUCUUAGUGUUACGGGAGAAGUAUCUCCAUUGAAAGGAAUGUCUUGGCCAUGUCCGUAUCAUUUGUUAUCUUGGUUUUAAUAUAAUGGACCAUAUAUUAAACAUAAUUAAACAAAUAUUUUAAAAUGUGGUAUUUGCCUAUAUCUUGAAAAAUUUCUGAUUUUUAAUUUUUUUUUCUUGCUCUUGUUUCAAAGAAAAUAUUGGCCCUAGAAGUCUCAUAGUGUAAGGAAAUUCUCUAAGCUUUGUGGACUAGGGAAAUCACUGUAAUUUGAUAAAAGUUGAGAGCAAAUGUAAGCUCAGAGAACUGACAUCAAAAUAUCAACUCUAAAUAAGAGACUUAUAAAAGUAAUUCAUUGUAUUGUUAUAAAGUUCUUUAGGAAUCUUGUCUAUUGGCAAUCAAAGUACUGAAAAGCAUCAACUUUGUACAAAUAACAUACUGAGAGGAGUAGAAUGCAUCAAAUAAUAUGAUUGGCUAAUAAUUCUCAUGCCCUUUGUAUACAAAAUGAAACUCCAAUUAAUAAAACAAACUCCUUCGUUCUAACUUUUAGCUGAGAAAAGUGGAAGCAACACUUCCUGGAGAGUGACCAAGGGCACUUCCUGAAGGAUGAAAACUCGUCUAGCUUUUAUAGCUAUAGAAAUUUAAUUAUACUCUUUCUGCAGUUAUUCAUUGAAAAGUUUUUGCCUUGUUAGAGAAACAGCUUAUCUUGC